CUCUCUCAUAGCACACACUGUAGAUAACAUGGCUCCUGGUUGCCAGCGAGCCUCCAAACAUCAAACCUGAAUGUAUUUUUCCUGGCAGCUGCGCUUCGCUCGGCUCAAUAAGAAACCUUAAAAAGGACUAGAAAGAGUGGGAAACAGCUCAGCAAGCUGCCAGUAUGCUAUGAAAUCGUGACUUUGUCCUUGAGGAAGAAGAUGGCUGCAGAACUCUAUCCUGCCAGCAUAAAUACCAACCUUCCAAACAGUAACAGCACAGCAGUCACAGCUGCCAGCAAAAAGACCAUCGUCCAAGUCACUCAAACGGUGACCACACCGACUACAACUGCCACUCAGCAGAACAUCAACAAUAAUAACGUCGAGACUGCCAGCUGGCAGUCCACUCACCCGACAUUGCGAGAAAGGAAUGCUUUGAUGUUCAAUAACGAACUCAUGGCAGAUGUUCAUUUUGUUGUGGGUCCUCCUGGCGCAUCCCAAAAAGUUCCAGCACACAAGUAUGUGCUGGCAGUGGGGAGUUCUGUUUUUGGUGCCAUGUUUUAUGGAGAUCUAGCAGAAGGAGAAUCUGAGAUUCAUAUUCCUGAUGUGGAACCUGCUGCUUUUUUAAUUCUUUUGAAGUACAUGUACAGCGAUGAGAUUGAACUUGAAGCGGACACAGUGCUGGCCACUCUGUACGCUGCCAAAAAAUAUAUAGUGCCUGCGCUGGCUAAGGCCUGUGUUACCUUUCUGGAGACAAGCCUGGAGGCCAAAAAUGCCUGUGUGUUGUUGUCCCAGAGUAGACUUUUUGAGGAGCCUGAGCUGACCCUGCGGUGUUGGGAGGUCAUUGAUGCUCAGGCUGAACUGGCGCUUCACUCUGAGGGCUUCUGUGAGAUUGAUCUCCAAACGCUGGAGAUCAUACUAAAGAGAGAGACUCUGAAUACCCGGGAGGCAGUGGUCUUUCAGGCAGCUCUUGAUUGGGCUGUGGCUGAAUGCAAAAGGCAAGGACUGGGACCGACCGCUCGUAAUAAAAGGGCAGUGCUGGGCAAGGCUCUCUACUUGGUUCGCAUCCCAACCAUGACCCUGGAGGAGUUCGCCAAUGGAGCUGCACAGUCAGAUGUAUUGACUCUGGAAGAGACUCAUGAUGUCUUCCUUUGGUACACUGCAGCCAAUAAACCCAAGCUGGAAUUCCCACUACAAAAAAGAAAAGGUUUGACGCCACAGCGAUGCCAUCGCUUCCAGUCUUCGGCCUACCGCAGUAACCAGUGGCGCUACCGUGGACGUUGCGAUAGCAUCCAGUUUGCAGUGGACAAGAGGAUUUUCAUCGCAGGACUUGGCUUGUAUGGUUCAAGUGGUGGAAAGGCAGAGUACAGCGUCAAGAUCGAACUCAAGCGCCAAGGAGUGACUCUGGCCCAGAACCUAACAAAAUUUAUCUCAGAUGGAUCCAGCAACACCUUCUCCGUAUGGUUUGAACACCCCGUCCAAGUGGAGCAGGACACCUUCUACACAGUCAGUGCUGUAUUGGAUGGGAAUGAACUUAGUUAUUUUGGACAGGAGGGUAUGACAGAAGUGCAGUGUGGAAAAGUGACCUUCCAGUUCCAGUGUUCCUCGGACAGUACCAAUGGAACUGGAGUCCAGGGGGGUCAGAUCCCAGAGCUGGUCUUCUAUGCCUGAAAUUGUCAGGAUGUCCCAUUGUAGUGCAUUCCGCUCACUGGAAUUAAGAUGGAUUGAAUACAGGGUCUCGUGAGGCUCUUGCCUUCAUUAUGUAGCAGUUGUGAACUCAAUGGUUAUGGCUCCUCUGUACCACAAUGGACUCAGAUGGAAGGAAUGUUCUUCAGCUUUAUUUAUUGCAAAAAAAUAUCUAUAUUUGAUUUUAAUUAUUGACGCUGCUGCAAGCAGAUCUAUAUAUAAAUAUAUAUAAAUGAGAUAGUUGUACUGCUCUGAUAGUGGACGGAAGCCACUAGUGUGUCAUGUUUUGUACAUAACGUAUUUGUUUUCAGCUUGAUGCUGAUUGACAAAUAAAAUGUCUUGUAUUAGUGAACCGCUUCCCGAACUGCAGAUUAUAAAUGUUUUUGUUCCUCGA